CUCAUGUGGGCUGUGUCUUCAACUCUUUCUGUCUCAUUUAUGAGCUAAGUGACAUAUUUCAGUGUUUGCAUGUUCGUGUGUUCCUUUCUUUUAUAUAUAAUCCUCAGUAAAUUUGAUUGUUGCUGACUAUUCGAUAACCGCGACAAAGAAUGAUCGUGACAAAAAAAAAAAAAUGUUUGUUUUUUUCUAUUUGAUUUUAAGUCUUAGUACAAAAAAUUCGUACGUUAUCGUUUUAUUUUGACUUGGCUGCGAUAUUAUUCGUAUUGUUUUUUGUAUCUGCGCACGCAGUGACACUAGAGUUUGUGUCGCGUGGGGAAAGUUGCGCGCGGAGCUCCAGUGCGCGUGAAUCACAAUGUGAUGAACACGGAGGAUCAUUUAAUGAUAUCAAACUCAUCAUAUCACAUGAACAAGGAUCAUCUCAUCAGAUCACAAGCCCCGGUGCCGCCGAACGGAUCAAACGAUGCUCAACCGAAAGCUGAAUUCACCAACCUCAUGAUGAUGAUGAUGAUGAUGGACGCAAAGGUGAAGAACUAUUAACGGAGAAGAUGGACUCGAGGAGUUUGAGUGUUUUGGAUCGUCUUCUCCUCACACACUCCAUAUGGUUGCAGCUGUCAAUCAACCCUGACUCCGCCCACCAGAUCCUGCAACGUGAGAUAGUUGGGACGUUUCUGGUGUGUAAGUGUAGCGCCUCCCACAGGAAGGUUUUGUGUGUGCGGCUGCAGGAUGGAGGAGUGUCACAGUAUCCCAUCCGUGAGGAAGACUCCACAUUUUCUCUUGAAAGUUCUGCCCUGAGCUUCCCUGAUCUCUGCAGACUAGUGGCAUUUUACACUGUCAGCAGAGAUGUAUUGCCUUUCCCACUUGAGCUCCCAGAUGCAAUUAUACAGGCCACAACACACACCCAGCUGGAAAGCAUUUCGCAUUUGGGUUUAGAGUUCUGGAGCUCUCAGACGUCUCCUGGCCUUCCUAACGGCCCCCCUCCGCCCUCAGCGCCUCACCGAACAUUCAGAUUGAUCAGCCCAUGUUUCGUCAACCCCCUGUUCCUUCAGCCUCCCCAACCCAGCAGAACCGCCUCACACAAACGCCACCGCUUUAAACGCAGCCUCAGGGUCCGUGUGUCCAAUGAAACCUCUCUCAGCCUGUCAGGUGGAGAAUCGGACCUAAUCCAAGGGGAGACACAUGGACAGAAUUCCAACCAGGGCGGCCCGAGACGAACGGGAGGGUUAAAUGUGCUCAGGAGGACCCCAGCACUUACUCCCACUUCAGAAGAAGAAGAUGACCAGAUGUUGGGACACAUACCACCUAGUAAUUCCUUACCCCAGCAAGGCAACACUGAACUCAACAAAGAUACUGAAGAUGGUGAGGUGUGUCUGGCUUUGGAAAGGACUCGAGCUCCUUCCCUUGCUGAACUGGACAGCAAUAGUUCCUUCAGCAGUCUGGAGGAGGAGGAAGCCCAGGCGGACCUUGCCCACCAAUGGCCGCCUGCCGCACGUGGCACCCGUUUUCCCUCAGCAAACCCCACAUCGACUCUGCGCCGCAUGACCGCCGCUUUUGUUUGUGUGUUCGCUCCGGAGCGCCGAGUUGCCAGAUUGGUGGACGAACUCUCGCACGACAAGCGCUCCACAUUUGGGUCGCUGGUGCAGGACUUUUUAGAGAAGCAGAGGCAGGAGAUGGAGGCCUCAAAGCAUAGUUCUGCUGUGGAGCUGCUUCAGGGGGUGAGAAGAUUUCUGUCCCAAGCCAAAAGUCUCCUUCUGGAAGCAGGAGAAAUAGAACCUCCAAUUGAGACACUGGUGCCUGAGAAUGAGAAAGAUCUUGCCCUGGAAAAGGCUCUGUUUGGCUGUGUGUUGAAGCCGUUGAAGGUUCAGCUGCAGCAGACGCUCGUUUCCCUCCACACUAAGGAUGGCUCUUUACAGAAGAUCACCGACAGCUUGCUGGCCUACCAGGAGGGGGCGCUGGAGCGCUUGGCUGUACGAGUCGGCGUCCUGGACAUUCGCGGCAUGGACAGAGCGAAGGCAAAGCUCACACUGAUGCAGCGCAGCCAUUCGCCCAUUGACAAGGUGCUGCUUCUGCUGCAGGUGUGCAAGAGUGUUUACAAAGCCAUGGGAACACAACCUGAUCAGGAUGUGGGGUCUGAGGACUUCCUACCAGCGCUGUCCUUUGUGCUAGUUAAAUGUAAUAUCCCGCAACUGCUGCUGGAGACGGAGUACAUGAUGGAGCUGCUUGAGCCGUCAUGGCUGACAGGAGAAGGUGGAUACUAUUUGACAAGUGUGUAUGCCAGCCUAUGUUUGAUCCAGAGCAAGCCUGGGGCCACGCCCACCUGCAGUCUGACCAAUGAGGCUCAAGAGUACUUGAGGGAGUGGAGCAGGAGGCGGGGCCAAGAAGCCAAGACCCAGAAAGACAGUCAGCUGAAACAGAGGUUCGUGCGAGUGUUAUUCCAGGACGACAGUCGUAGUGCAGUGCGAACACUCCUCUGGAAGGCGGGGGAAAACGUCGACGCUUUAGCCCAAACCUGCGCCGGUCUGUUCGGCGUGACGGAGCCGCAGCACUACUGUCUGUUCUGGAGGAGUGAAGGGGAAAUGCGUCCUCUGCCGGCCCACAUUCAGCCCCAUCAGCUGGCCGCGCAUGAGGGAGUGUCGCUGUCGUACCUCCGCUGCGAUCACGACUUCAGCAAGAUGCGCAGACUGACCAGAGGAGGCGCCGUAGAUCUGGGCGAGUCGGUGUGCGAGGAGUGAAGAGACGCAGGUGCAGAAUGUGACUUUUACAUUUAUAUUUGUUGUCACGUUCGUGGCAAGAGGAUUAUGGAUGUCACAAAGUAUUUGAAUGCUGUAUAUGUGUUCAGUUCUAUGGAUGAUGGUGAUUAUUUUCGUGUGUGUUUGGGUGUGUUGUGUGUAAUCAGAAAGCACAAUAGCAUUUCAAAUGAAUCGAAGCAAGACACUUGGUAAUAAUGCAAAAAGCAAUAUCUGCCAAACAGGAGAUCUGGAAACGCUGUCCAGCGAUCUGAGAUUCAGCGGUCACUUAUCGAUUGGCUUGCAGAGGUGUGCAUUGCAGAGUAAUACCAAAGUGUUGUUGAAUAUAAACAAAAAAUAAAAAUAAAAAUGAGUUAUGUUUAAACAAUACAUCAUAUAUGUACACAUCUGACAUGCUCUGAGUAAUGGCUCUGUGUCUGCACUGGACGCAUGUAGCAUGCUGCAUUGAAUCACUGGAGCUGUUUACACUGGACGUGUCUGACGCGAUGCACUUUCAGUUCAUGCUUUCAUUCGUCUGAAAUACAAAAACAUAUUUACAAAUAUCAUGUGUGAAUUGAUAGAUAUUAAUUUUAUUUAAUUCUACAUUGGUGUCCAUAAGGCCACAUAAAAAUCUGGAUUUUAUUUACUUAUUUAUUUUUUUGAUGAGAUUUUCCCCUAAAAAAAUCACAUUCAUAUUUUCAUUUGAAGCACCAUUGCAGCUCAAGAUCUCAAAUUGUUUUUAAGAACAUGCAUCAACUUCACUCAAAUGCUGAUUAAUUUAUUUUUAAUAAGUAUGUUUUAUCAAAUUAGAAAAAUAGGCAAAUAUAAUUAUUUCAUAUGUAACAUCUAUUUCAUAUAUUAAUUUUUAUACCAAUUAUUUUUUGUUAAAAUAUGUGGUUGUAUAUUUACCAUUAAAAAAGGUAAAGAUAUUUUAAUGUUUUAUCUCUUCUGCUCACCAAGGCUGCAUUCAUUUGAUCAAAAAUACAGUAAAAACAGUGAUAUUGUGAAAUACUAUUAUAAUUUAAAAUAACUGUUUUCUAUGUGAAUAUAUAUUCAAAUGUAAUUUAUUUCUGUGAUGCGCAGCUGAAUUUUCAGCAUCAUUAUUCCAGUCUUCAGUGUCACACGAUCCUUCAGAAAUCAUUCUAAUGUGCUGAUUUGCUGCUCAAGAAACAUAUGUUGAAAACAGUUGUGCUGAUUCAUAUUUUUGUGGAAACCUUGAUACGUUUAAUUUUUCAGAAUUCUUUGAUAAAUAGCAAGUUAAAAAGCACAGCGUUUAUUUGUAACAUAAGUGUCUUUAGUGUCACUUAUGAUCAAUUUAAUGCAUCUUUACUGACAAAAAGUAGUAAUUUCUUAAAUUAAAAAAAAGUCUCACAGACCCCAAACUUGCGAACAACAGUGCAGAUUAUUUUUAUUGUUGUAUAUACAGUAACUAUAUCUAUAUAGUUGGAAACAAAGUUAUUCACACAUUCUGCUCUUGCUGAACUCGUAACAUUGACCUAUAUUGUAUAUUUAUAUAUAUUUAUAUUUCGUUGUGAGAUGACGUGCAGCUUCAGCAUCUCCAGUGUAGACAGCGACACGCUUCCAGUGUGAAUACAGUGUGAUUCUGGAGUGUGAAGGAGUCUGGAGUAUGUUGUGAGUUUUGCAGUAACACUGCUGGCACUACAGUUGGUUUGUGGUACUCUGAUUUUACAAGUUUUACUUGAACUGCACUGUCUAUUUUAUUCACUGAAUAUUACCUGAUCACCGUGGACUUGUUCACUGAAUCACCACUGGCCUGAUAUUUGUGUUUAUUUGAUUUUUUUCCUUCAUAUCCUUCUGAAAGCAGACUAUUUCAGUGUGUGAAGGAUGUAGUGAACAUGUGGCGUCAUGAUCAUUUGUGAAUACUCAUGUAAAUAGACUCCAAAGAACCAGCUGGUUGUGUUUUGCAGACGUGUUCAGCACUAAUAUUGUAUGUUGUGGCGCUCGCUGAAUGUACGGCUCUGGUUUCAGCUCACGGUGGGCAGAUAAACGCAGACACUGUCAGGAGUUGCCCACAAUUCAGAUCAUCCCGGGAAGCAAAUGUUGUUAAAUCAGGAUGAAUUUCCCUCUCGGAUUGAGGAGAGGAAGGUGAUUCUCAAAAUGGCCAUCAAGUGUCAAACUUGGGUGUUUCAUAGGCAGGUUUUAGUUUUAAACCAGGGUCAUAUGCAUGAAACGGUGCCGUUUGUGCCUGAAAAAUGCUGGAUUUUUACAAAAGAUUGUAUUGUUUUCAAACCAGAAUUAGUACCCCAUUUAAAUUACUAACUAUUAGCCAGAAAACAAAACAUGGUCACUGCCUUACACAGCAUUUAAUGUUACUGUUACCAUAAAAAAAGCUAUUUGGACCGUGUUUGGACUGUAAUUUCUAUACUUAUAAUUUGAAUAGAUAAUUCUAGUAGUAUCACUAGUUUUGUGUGCCUUACAACAUUAAAUAAAAAACUUUAAUUAAAAUGAUACUUGCAUUUUUAAAUGAAUGCAAAUAUAAUUUAAAAUGCAAUCAAUUUAAAAAUGCAAUCACAUAAUUUUUGCAUUUUAAUUGAAUUCAUUUUUUAAUUUUAUAUUUAUUUUGGGGACAUUUUUUUACACUGAUGUUCAACUCCAAAUAAUUAUCCUGCAUUCCAAUUAAUAGCAAUCAAACUGCAGUUGGGUUGUUUUGAUUAAAUAAUAAUAACUACAAAAUACAGCUAACUAACACAAUAAAGCAUAAUAAAAACAUGAUUUAUGAAAAUUAAUCAAAACUAGUUAUCUGUUUUUGCAAAUAAACUCUUCAUACACACACACACACACACACAUAUAUAUAUGCAUACAUAUACGC